CCCCCUCAAAAGGGCGGCCUAAUUUUGAGCAAUCACAACAGCAAAAACCCUCUCAUCAGUUUCCAACCAUUUCUCCCCGGCCUCUCUGCAUCUGCGACCACCUACACACACAGACCAAACAACCAAAACCCAUUACAUAUAUACAUACAUAUAUAUGUGUGUGUGUGUGCAUAGUUAAUUACAUCCUUCCGAUACUAAGAUCUUAUUAUAACUGAUAUUAUCUUCCCCUAUAGCUCGAAUAAUUAAUGGGGAGGUCUCCUUGCUGUGAGAAAGCUCACAUGAACAAAGGCGCCUGGACGAAGGAGGAAGACGACCGGCUCAUCGCCUACAUAAGGGCCCAUGGGGAAGGCUGCUGGCGGUCCCUCCCGAAGGCCGCCGGCCUCCUGCGGUGCGGCAAGAGUUGCCGCCUCCGAUGGAUCAACUACCUGCGUCCCGAUCUCAAGCGCGGGAACUUCACCGAAGAGGAAGACGAGCUCAUCAUCAAGCUUCACAGCCUCCUCGGCAACAAGUGGUCCUUGAUUGCUGGUCGAUUACCGGGCAGGACCGAUAAUGAAAUAAAGAACUACUGGAACACGCACAUAAGGAGGAAACUCUUGAACCGAGGCAUCGACCCUUCCACCCACCGGCCAAUCAACGAGCUACCGGCGUCGACAGGGGAACCCGUGACGAACAUCUCAUUUUCCUCCGCCGCAGCAAUGGUGUCUAGAGUACAGCAUCAAGAGAAGAAGGCCGAUAAUGCCGAAGGGUUCAAGAUCAAGUUAGAGGAGAAGAACCCGGCUCAUCAGGAGCAGUGCCCGGACUUGAACCUCGAGCUCAGAAUAAGCCCUCCCCAUCAAACCCAAUACCCUCAGGCCGAUCAGCCGAUGAAAUCCGGCGGGAGAAACCACCUUUGCUUCGUGUGCAGCCUAGGGUUGCAAAACAGCAAGGAGUGCAGUUGCAACAUUAGCGGGGGCAGAGGCAGCGGCGCUUCUAGCAGUUAUGACUUUCUAGGGUUGAAAACCGGCGUAUUGGAUUACAGAAGUUUGGAGAUGAAAUGACUCUUCGAAAUUUCGAUUUCUAUUAGUGAAAAAGGAGAGGACUAUUGACAAAAGAGGUUGGUAUAUUAGUUCUACAAUCUCUACCCUCUCCUCUCUGGUAUUUGCUUCCCUUACUUUAAUUUUCCUUCUAUUUUUGUAUGAUUGCUAGCCAAUGCAUAUAGUGUAGAAUACUGAUAUACAGAUUGAUUUAUUAUUAACUACCAGUGUUGUGUUGAUAUUUGAUUUUCCCUCUUGUUCAUCAUGGAUCACCAUUUUUUCGUUUUCAGUGAAGUCAUUGGUUCUUUAGUCUAUUGACUUAGACUAGCUAAUCU